AUGAUAGAUAAUAAUAUCAAUGAAGUGUUACUACAACAAAAAGAUAAUUUAUCACAACAAAAUAUUAAUAGCACAUAUUUAUGUGAUGGUAAAAGUCUUGUUGAUUAUGUUAUGGUUUACAAAACAACAACAAAUGAUGAAAAAUUAAUAAGUGGAAGAAAAAAUUUUGAAUAUAAUUUAAGAGUACGUGGCUUAAAAAUUGAGAUAAGAAAAAGUGAAGAAGAUUCUGAUAUUUGUUUCACUCUUAUUCAUGCUCCAUUUAAUGUAUUGUUAAGACAAGCAGAAAUAUUAUAUUUAAGAAUGCCUGUAAGAAAGAAUGAUUUAAUUUUAAGUGAAAAAGAUCAAGGAAUAAUUAAUUAUUUUUUAGAAUAUCUUGGUUUUAUGAAAUUAAAUAAAAAUAUUAAACAUAGAUUACAUGAAGAAAUGUAUUUUAAAGAAACUUUUAGACAAUCAAGAUUAACACAUUUUAUUAAUCAUGAUAAACCAGAUAUUUUUUUUUCAAAAAGUGAUAGAUCAAGAAUGGUUUAUGAUUUAUUAAUUAGAACACAUUAUAAAUGUCAGGAUCAGAUUCAUAUGGGUGUUCAAAAAUUAUUAGAAUCAGGAAUAUAUUUAGCUGUUUUUCCUCCUCAUGAAAAGUUAAUUAAGAAUCCAACUUAUAAGAUACCUAUUGAUCAGGCUAGUGAUAGACAAAUAUUGUAUGAUAAUUGGGCAUCAUUUACAAAAUUUUAUAAACAUCAACCAUUAGAUUUAAUAAAAGAAUAUUUUGGUACAAAAAUUGGUAUUUAUUUUGCAUGGUUAGGAUAUUUUACAAAACUUCUUUUUUGGCCAGCAAUAAUUGGACCAUUAUUUUUUAUAUAUGGACUUACUACGGCAAAAAAUGAUAUACCAAGUAAUGAUAUUUGUUAUGAAUCAUCGAAUAUUUCUUUAACAUAUAUAUGUCCAUCAUGUGAUACAUAUUGUGAUUAUACUCAAUUAAAAGACAGUUGUUUAUAUGGAAAAAUAACAUAUAUUGUGGAUAAUUUUUCAACAGGAAUUUUUGCUUUUUUUAUGUCAAUAUGGGCAACACUUUUUUUAGAAGGAUGGAAAAGAUAUAAUGCCCGAAUUUCAUAUAAAUGGGGAAUUUAUAAUCAAGGUAUUGAACAUGAAUUAAUAAGACCUGAUUUUCAGUAUAAAGUUAAAAAUAAAAGAAUUAAUCCAAUAACAAAAGAAUUAGAACCAUUUAUGCCAACAUCAUUAAAAUUAUUUAAACUUUUUUUUUCGGGAGUAUCAUUUUUAUUUAUUGUAGCAUUAGCAUUAGCUUUUAUACUAGGUAUUCUUGUAUAUAGAAUGAUAUUAAUGAGUACUUUUCAUUCAUAUGAAAAAACAGAUUUUAGACAUAAAUAUGGUAUGUUAAUAAUAUAUGUAACAACAGCAAUAAUGAAUUUACUUUUUAUUAUUAUAAUGAAUCUUGUUUAUCAUAAAGUUGCAUAUAAAUUAACUAUAUGGGAAUGUCCUAGAACAGAUUCAGGAUUUGAUAAUUCAUAUACAUUAAAAGUUUUUUUAUUUGAAUUUGUUAAUAAUUAUGCAUCAUUAUUUUAUAUAGCAUUUAUUAAGGGAAGAUUUAGUGGAGUACCAGGAAAUAUUGAUAGAGAAUUUAGAAUAAGAAUUGGUGGUUAUAGAGUUGAAAAUUGUGAUGUUACAGGUUGUAUGGCUGAACUAAUGAUUCAAUUAUUUGUAAUAAUGUUUGGUUCACAAUUAUCAUAUUCUUUUUUUGAAUUAAUAACACCAUAUAUAUGUAUUAAUUUACAAAAAUAUAAAAUUUUUGUUGAUUCAACACAUAAAUAUUUUCAUAAAAAAAUUUCUAAUAAAAAUGAUUUACCAGAGUAUGAAAAAGAUUAUGGAUUAUAUCAGGUUGAUAAUCUAUUUCUUUUUGAUGAAUAUCUUGAAAUGAUAAUACAAUAUGGUUUUGUAACACUUUUUGUUGCAGCAUUUCCUUUAGCUCCAUUAUUUGCUUUUCUUAAUAAUAUUCUUGAAAUAAGAAGUGAUGGAAGAAAAUUAAUUUCUAUGUAUCAAAAACCUACACCAUUACAUUCUUCUAAUAUUGGGAUGUGGCAAAUAAUACUUGAAUAUUUAUCGAGUAUUGCUGUUACUGUUAAUGGACUUGUUAUAGCUUUUACAACAGAUGUUAUACCAAAAAGUUACUAUUAUUAUACACGUGGAUCAUUGAACGGAUAUAUGGAAUAUUCUUUAUCAUAUGCUGAUACUUCAAAGUGGGAUAAAGUUACAAUAUAUACAAAUGUUAAUAUGUGUAGAUUUAAAGAUUUUAGAAAACCUCCUUGUUCUUUGAAUAUAACAGAUACAAACGGUGAUUGUGAUAACCAUUAUGGUUUUUCAUAUGAAUUUUGGAAAAUUUUAGCUUUAAAAAUAAUUUUUGUUUUUGUUUUUGAAAGAGUUGUUUCAUCAAUACAAAGUCUCACUUCUUAUAUAAUACCAGAUGUUCCGGAAUCUAUAACAAUGCUUCAACAAAGACAAAGAUAUUUAAGAAGAAGAUCUAUUCUUGAGACUUGGGCUAAAGAAAAUCAAGAAGAAUGUAUAAAUAUAUCAAUGAAUAUUGAUGAUGAAAAUGACGAUAUUAUUACAAUACCUAAUUGUACUAAUGACGUAUUAAUUUUUGAAGAUAAUAAUGAUAUAAAAAGUAAUUAUAUAAGAAAAAAUAAUACAAACAGUAAAAUUGAAACAUUAAUUAAUUAA